ACGAGGCCUGCAAAAGAAACAUAUGGGCAAUUUAUAUGUCCAGUAACAGGAAGACUUAGGAAGAUGGCAUGGGAGAAAAAACCAAGACCUGUAAAGACUGAACGCGUGGCAGUAGUAACAUCUAAUAAAACUAAAGUUUUGGAAAAAGGAACAUCUAAGAUGAUUGCAUGUCCUACAAAAGAAACAUCUACAAAAGCAAGUACCAAUGAUCAGAGGUUCCCAAAAGAAUCCAAACAAGAGGAAGAUGAAGAAAAUUCUUGUGAUUCUGGGGUACUGUGUAUUAUUGAUGUUAUUAUUCUCUAAAAAUAUUAAUACUGAGUGAUGUGAAAAUAUAAAGUCAGAGGCUUUGACUUGGUUUUCUUACCACUGCAUAUGCUCAGAAGAAAUUCUGAUUUUUCUAAAAACAUACUUGGCUGGGCGUGAUGACUCAUGCCUGUAAUCCCAGCACUUUGGGAGGCCC